AUGAGCGUUCCCUCCAUACCGCUAGAAACGCAAGAAGUGCCGGAGGAGCAAGAACAACAAUACGUGCAUGAGGUUUAUAACGAAAUCGCCUCUCAUUUUUCCCUGACCCGGUACAAGCCCUGGCCCAUAGUUGAAAAGUUUCUACUGGAACAGCCUGACUACAGUCUUGGUUUAGACGUUGGGUGUGGUAAUGGAAAGUACCUAGGGGUCAACAAAAGUCUAUUUUGCAUUGGCCUGGACCGCUCGGAUGGCUUGGUCGAGUGUGCCAGGGUGAAUAGUGAGAACAAGUUCAACCUAGCUGUCGCUGAUGGCUUGCAUUUACCGCAUCAGAAUGACCGUUUUGACUUUGCUAUUCUGAUAGCAGUCAUUCAUCACUUUGCCAACGAGAAGAGAAGAAUCGAAGCCAUUGAACAUAUUCUUUCCAAACUCCGAGUUGGUGGAAAGCUUUUGGUCUACUGCUGGGCCCUCGAACAGGAAAAGUCGAGGAGAGGGUACAAGGAGGGCGACGACCAGGAUAUUUUAAUACCUUGGGUUUUGCAAAAGAAGACUCCAAAGAAGUCCAAGAAGGAAAAAAGACAGAAUAAUGACGAUGAGGAACAGGUGGAGGAGCAGCAGCCUGAGACCAAAUAUCGUUACUACCAUCUUUACAGAAAAGGAGAGCUCGUGGAAAAUGCUGAAAAGGCUGGUGGUAAAGUGGUUGAUCAUGGGUACGAAAAGGAUAACUGGUGGUUCCACGUUGGUAUGCUAUCACCACAGGAAAAGAAAGAUAAAAGCAUACGGGCAACCGACUUGGAUGCUUUGAGCUGCCGCCAUUGUGCCAAUGCCAAGGGUUAUUUCGUUCCACCUGACUUGUAUAUUCAAGAUCUACUUCGAUCUUAUGAGCAAAAUCUCCAACACUGCCGUGGAUACACUGCUCUAUCUGCUGGAAGAACGCUAAGAACACUUUUUAAAGACCCCAAAUACCCAUUGAUCAACAGAGGUACAUUCUUCAGGACUCAACUGAUCAAUACCAUUGUGGAGAGAUUCAUUAGCUCGCAUGACGAGUGUCAAAUCAUCUCUCUAGGAGGAGGUUCCGACACUAGAGGAUUUCGUGUUUUGCAAGAGCACCUGAAAGGUGUGAGAUAUGCAGAAAUUGACUUCAUAGAACUGGCUAAGAUCAAAAAGGCUGCUAUCCUUCUGAAUCGUACGAUUCAGAGUAUAGUGGGUGUUGAAUCAGACAGUGUCAGUAUAAAAGAUAGAGCCUCUUUUGAAUCACUAGAUCCAGAAAUCCACACCUCAAAGUACGACCUCAUAGCACUUGACCUCAGAAAAAUUGAGGAGCAUGGAAGCGAGAGUUGA